AUGAAGGACCUCAUCGCGCGCCUGGAGGCUGACGCCUUGCCCGAGGCCAGCCACGAGGAGUUCUGCGACGAGGGGGUUAGCAAGGCCGUCGGCGAGCGCGACGAGGGGGUCGGCGAGUCAGGGACCAUCAACAAGGAUAUGACCAUCAAGACCGCGGAGGCGUCGCAGCUCCCUGUGGAAAUCGCAACGCUUAGCACGCAGAUCGCGGAAAACAAGAAGGGGCUGCCGGAGGCUACCGAGCUGCGCGCCGCCGGGUUUCAUGCACAUUUUGGGACCUUCUGUGAGGCCGAGGCUGGCCUGGCCGCCCUGAAGGAGGCUGCUGCCGACGGGCAGGCCUGGCGCGACCGAGCUGCCUUCUGGCCCGAGGGGGGGCGAGCUCCGGCUCGAGUCAACCACUUCGGAUCGCACGGGCAAGACCGUGGCAGACUACGCGCAAGACGUGUUCGAUGCGGACCUUCACGGGUCGCAGGAGGCCUCAAAGGGCAUCAUCGGCACACUGCAGGUGAUCGAGGCCGACUUCGAGCGCGCCAUCUCGGCCGCCGAGGAAGCGGAGUCCCAGGCCACGGGCUCGUUCCACACUUUCAAACGGAGAAUGAGGCGGACAUGGCAGCAAAGGACACGGAGAAGACCA